AUGAGGGAAAUCGAGAAUUCGGCGAACGAUUGGCCUUCGUAUUAUUUGCCUCAUCAUUGUGUCGUGCGUCCCGAGAGUGUCACGACAAAAUUACGAGUCGUGUUUGACGCAUCGUGCUCAACAGAUUCCGGUGUAUCUCUGAACGAUGCGUUGAUGGUGGGACCGCUCGUACAGGAUGAUCUUCUGACUAUGAUUUUAAGAUUCCGGGUGCCACAGUUUGCUAUCGUGUCGGACAUCGAAAAGAUGUACAGACAAAUAUUAGUCUGCGAGUCUGACCAGCCUCUUCAACGGAUACUAUGGAGAGAUUCUCCAUCGCAAACCAUUCGAGAGUAUCAACUAUCAACAGUAACUUACGGUACUUCGUCAGCCCCCUAUCUCGCCACAAAAUGCCUUCAAAGGCUUUCUCGUGACAGCUUGGAAGUGUCUCCACUAGCAGCAGAAGCUAUAGGAAAGCAUUUUUACAUGGACGAUUUACUUACUGGAACCGAUAGUAUCGAGAAAGGGCAAAAACUUUGCCAGCAAUUGAUGAGCAUAACCCGUUCUGCAGGUUUCGAGCUUCGCAAGUGGGCCUCUAAUAAUUCUGCUGUACUUGAGCCAAUCCCGGUCCCAUUUAGAGAUCAACGUACAGUGUUGGAAUUGGAUUCUUCACAUUCGCCAAUCAAAACUCUUGGACUUCAGUGGGAUACGGCAGCAGAUAUGUUUUUGUUUGAGCCUCCUAAACAAAAUCAACAAUUUCCAAUCACCAAGCGCGUGGUGCUGUCUAAUAUAGCACGACUUUUCGAUCCACUGGGUCUCGUGGGACCGGUUACUGUUUUAGCUAAGCAGUUCAUGCAAGAUCUUUGGCGAGAUGGAAAGGAUUGGGAUGAUCAAUUGAACGAGUCACAAAAUCAACAAUGGAACGAGUUUAGUGAAGGUCUCCGAGAUUUAUCGUUUAUAAAAAUACCACGCUGGGUGGUAUCCACGUCAGCGGUAAUUGGUUUGGAACUACAUGGAUUCUGUGAUGCCUCCGAGAAGGCAUACGGAGCGUGCAUCUAUAUAAGGGCCGUAUCAUCGACAGGCAGCGUACAUCCCGAGGAGUAUGGGCUCAUGUACCAGGUGCCGAAAAUCCGGCAGACGUCAUAUCAAGAGGAAUGCAUGCUACUCAACUCGCUAACCUAA